CCGGGAUAGAGCCGCACUCCGAAGUCCGGGUAGCAGUGAGCUUUUCUCCGGUCACCGGAACCGAUCCCGCGCUAUUCGACAAAAAGAAUAACGACCUCAAUCGAUAUGUGCCCGUCGCGUAUUAGGUUAUGUGCGGUUAUUUCACGUGAGGAGUGAUGUGAGCCAUUGUUUUUGUAGAGAAAGAUGCGUCUCAAGAACAUUGUAUAUUCGUGAAAGAUACAAAUCACAAUAAAAAAUGGAGGAUCAGAAAUCAGCUGGUAAAAUGAAAGAGAGCUGCUAUCUCUUCAACACGUUCACCGACCCUUCUUUGGAGAAAUUGUACCAGAGCUUCAAUGUCAAGCAGAAGAGGGCCGGCUUGGAGUGUUUCCUUUUAACAGCCAUUUUAUUCGACAUCUAUAUGCUGGUGGUCCCGAGCGGUCAAGACAUCUGGAUCUUCGGCUCCAUGUCAUUGUUUCUGUUCAUAAACGUCUGCGUUUUGAUUUGGUGCAAAAGAGGUUUCGAAAGCAAACUGAUCUGGGCGGCGGUACCGCAUCUCAGCUGGCACGUGGCAAACGCGCAGAUCCUUAUCGUGCUCUUCCUCAAGAAGAACGAGGUUACGUUGAGAGACAGCUUGGGAUGGGUGCUGUUGUUGGAUUAUUUCAUUUACGUCACGCUGCCAGUUCGCCUGCGGUACUGCAUUAUAUUGAGUUUGGGCACUUGCGCUUCCUAUAUAGCAGCAUUGAUUGGUUUAUCCAAGUCGGAUGAGCACUCCUGUAGACAGCACCUGUCCAAUUGCAUCUUGCUGAUGACAGCAAACUUAAUGGGUCUCACAUCUUUUCUAGUUGAAGAUAAACAACAGCGACGAGCUUUUCUUGAAACAAGGCAGUCGCUAGAAGUAAAGUUGGUUAUAGAGGAACAAAGUGCAGAACAGGAGAGGCUUUUGCUUUCGGUUCUCCCCGAACACGUUGCCGUACAAAUGAGGCAAGAUUUAGAUUCAACAGACAGCCAAUUCAAGAAGAUUUAUAUGAGCAGACAUGAAAAUGUCAGCAUUUUGUACGCUGACAUCGUAGGUUUUACGGCCAUUUCUUCUACGUACUCGGCUCAAGAAUUGGUCAAAAUGCUCAACGAACUUUUCGCUAGAUUCGAUAAGUUGGCGGAGAAAUAUCAACAGCUUAGAAUUAAAAUCCUCGGCGAUUGCUAUUACUGCAUUAGUGGAGCACCGAAAGAAAGCCCUGACCAUGCCGUGUUGUCUGUACAUAUGGGCUUAUCCAUGGUAAAAGCUAUAAAAUACGUCCAACAGACAGCGAAUUCCCCGGUAGAUAUGAGGGUCGGCAUUCACACGGGAGCCGUGCUGGCGGGGGUGCUGGGCCAAAGACAGUGGCAGUUCGACGUUUACUCCAAAGACGUGGAGCUGGCGAAUAAGAUGGAGAGCAGCGGGUUAGCGGGGAGAGUUCAUAUUUCUGAUGCAACGUUAUCGUUUCUAAACGGAGAAUUUGAAGUUGAGCCGGGUUACGGAGAAAAACGGGAUGAAUCUUUAAGAAUAGCCGGACUGAAAACCUAUUUCAUAGUCAAAGUACUUGUACCUUUUCAACCGAAAACGCAAGAGGUUCAAAACGGCGGAAACAUAUUACCCGAAGAAGAUAGUUGCGUUAUAGCUGAGGUAACGUCUGAAUCCAAAGAAGAGGAAGCUGCUAAUGAGCCUAAUAUGGAAAGGACUAGACAAGAUUCUACCGAUUUCAAAAUUAGACUAAGGAAGGAAUUGGUGAACAGAGAUGGGCACAAGGAAUUGGCGAAGAAUACGAAGUUCAUCAAUUUGGCGUUUGUAGAUCCACAAAAAGAAAAAUCAUAUCAUUUGCACAUUGAGUCGUUCUCGAGCUUCACGUUGCUCAUGUUUUUAAUUGUAAGAUUAGCAAUAGGAUCUACCAUAGCCAUCAUUUUACCGAGCGAUCUAACAAUUGAUAUAACGUAUUGUACAGAAAAUAUUGUGUUCUUUAUAUUAGUCAUAAUAGCUAUAGCGGAAGAAUUUCCUGGGAUGUCGAAAUGCUGGCGAGCUUUCAAAGAAUCAAUGUUUGUUCGAAGACUGCUAUCAACAACCUGUGUUGUGCUUAUGGGAACUGUAAAUAUUUUGGAUUCUGUAACUUGUGUUCAAUUAAAGAUACAAUCAGAAAAUUGUUCAACAACGCACGACUUGAAUGCUACAUGCCUUUACCCUUCAUACUUUAGUUACUUCACUGUUCUUAUACUCGUCGCAGCUUCUCUACCAGCCUGUCUCUCUUAUCUGUGGAAGAGUUUUUUAAUGUUGACGAUAGCUUCAGGGCAAUGUUUGAUCAACAUAUUGGUCCUAGGUUUCGCUAUAGAUUGUGAGGAAUCGAUGAAACAUUGGACGAGUAUCAUUCAAGGGAAGUACACAUUAUCGGGUCUUCUGCUAACAUCUACCGUCGCUUUGGCUUUCCUGGCGAGGCACAUGGAGAAAGUAUGCAGGGUGCUGUUCCUGUGGCGGAGCGAAGUGGAAGAGCAGAGGGACUGUGCCGAGGAUAUGCGCAGGAGGAACGAAGCGCUCGUCUACAACAUCCUGCCGCCGCACGUCGCCGCUCAUUUCAUGGGCAACAGGAAGCGACAACACGAUGAGUUGUAUUCGCAAAGUUACGCCGAGGUGGGCGUUUUAUUCGCCUCGAUGCCAAAU